AUGGCCUUCACUGAGGAGGAGCAAAACAGAGCUAGCGAUUCCACAAGGAAGAAGCGCAAGAGAAACAGAAAGAAGAAGAACAUUGAAGAAACCCCACAAGUGGAAGAAGAGGAAAAUCUCGAGGAAUACGAGGAAGAAGAGGAGAAGCUCGAGGAAUACGAGGAAGAAGAGGAGAAGCUCGAAGAAGACAAUGAAAAUAGCGAGGAGGAAGAAGAAGAGGCUGUGAAGAAAAGUGCUGCAAUAGAGAAGGAAAAAAAGAAGAAGAAGAAGAAUAAAUUGAAGAUAGAGGAGAAGGAAUUGGACGAGAUUGGUUUGAAGAGAGAGACCAAGGCAAGCGGGUCGCAAGGGAUCAUGAGCUCUGAAGCAUUUUCCAGCCUGCCCAUCUCCGAGCCCACCAUGAAUGCCAUCAAAGACUUGGGGUUUCAGCACAUGACUCAGAUCCAAGCUAGAGGGAUACCGCCGCUACUUGAAGGCAAAGAUGUUCUUGGAGCUGCAAGGACAGGGUCUGGGAAAACCCUUGCCUUUCUGGUACCGGCUGUUGAGUUGUUGUACAACAUCCGUUUUACUCCUCGAAAUGGGACAGGCGUUAUUGUCAUUUGCCCGACAAGGGAGUUGGCCAUACAGACACAUGCUGUAGCAAAGGACCUCCUGAAGUAUCAUUCUCAAACACUUGGACUGGUGAUUGGGGGUUCUGCUAGAAGAGGAGAAGCAGAGCGGAUCGCUAAAGGAGUAAAUCUCUUGUGCCUUAUGAUCGAUGAAGCUGAUAGGAUUUUGGAAGCAAAUUUUGAGGAGGAAAUGAAGCAAAUCAUUAAAAUUUUGCCUAAGGUGAGACAAACAGCUCUCUUUUCUGCCACACAAACGAAGAAGGUUGAAGAUCUUGCUCGCUUGUCGUUUCAGACAACUCCUGUCUAUAUAGAUGUUGAUGAUGGAAGGAGGAGGGUCACCAAUGAAGGACUACAGCAAGGCUACUGUGUUGUCCCUAGUGCUAAGAGAUUUAUUCUUCUCUAUUCCUUCUUGAAGAGGAACUUGUCAAAGAAAGUGAUGGUUUUCUUCUCCUCUUGCAAUUCUGUUAAAUUCUACUCUAAACUUCUCAGAUACAUCCAGAUCGAUUGUCUUGAUAUUCAUGGCAAGCAAAAGCAGCAGAAAAGAACCACAACCUUUUUUGAUUUCUGCAAAGCAGAGAAGGGUAUCCUAUUAUGCACAGAUGUAGCUGCACGUGGUCUUGAUAUUCCUUCUGUGGAUUGGAUAGUGCAGUAUGAUCCUCCGGAUGAGCCUAAU